AUGUUUGCCAAACGCAAGCUUCUCGGUAAGAACCCGGAUAAGGGCAAACCAGGCGCAAAGAGUGCGCCUUCUCCAGGGAAUGCUGCGGUGAAUUCCGCUCCCGGCGGCGCUGAGGCUCCUGCGACGGCUAAGGUAGAGACGACCGACGUCGAACGUCCCAAGCCAGAUGGUACCACUGAAAAGCGCAGCUUCCGGAGAGGGUUGCGUGAUGGCAGUGGUGCUGCCAAAGAAAAGGCUGGCGCUGUGUCCCAGCAAGGUGGCAAAGGAGGGCGAAAAAGUGGUAUGUCAGGCCUGAGUUUCAACGAGGAUGUAAAGUCCCAUGGCGACGUUUCCAUUCGUAAGGGAGUUACGAAUACGACGGCCGCUCCGGUAUCGCAUGAAUCAAACGCACCAGGUGUGGGAUCAGUCGGAGUGAAUUCCGACAUCAAUACGCCGCAUGCCGGCACUAAGCCCAGCCGUGGCAAACGUGGUAACAGACGCAAAGGCCGCCGAGGUCCAUCCACAGCGGAGAAAACGUUAUAUCUGGACGUCAAAGGCGAGAAGUUUGACUCUCAGAAACCCUAUGACCAACAUGCGGACAAUGAUAUAACGGGAAUGCGCACGACGGGUUAUUUCCGUUAUCCACGUUACGAUUGGGAUUCCGGAGAUAUGUCGAGUGACUCUUUUGACUCGUAUGACUACCGUCGUAGAGCUCAACAAGCUAAUCGUAAACCAACGGUGAAUAUUUAUGAAGAAUUAUCAAAACCCUUCACUGCGGCGGACGCCAGUCGUCUUAUGAGUCAACGCUUGAGCGCACUACGUAAGGACCUAUAUGAGUACACCGACGAGGUGGAUAAAGCCAAGCAAGUUGUUGAAUCGAAGAACAAGGCGCCGGAGCGCCUUGAUGCAGCGUUGUCAGGUAUAACGGCGAACGUUGAGCUAUUUGAUAUGCUGGUCGAGGAGGCUCGCGUAUUGGGAGGGUUGUGCAGCACUAAGCUUGCUGAAGUGCAGAAAACGCUACAGGAGAUGCACAACAGCAACAAGGACUAUUGUGACGGCAUAUAUUGCAUGUAUCGCUGGCUGCUGUGCGAUCUCCUGCGCAUCGGGGGCUUUGACUGCGAUUACAGUUGCGGCUACCUGGACGAGGUUGACGAUGACGGGAACGACCUUGCUAAAGGUGUGAAGCGCGAUUUCGCUAAGCGUGAGCAGUCGCUGCAUUCAUUUAUAGCACAUCAGAAAUCUUUGGCACAAUUACGUGUCGGAGCGGUAUUGAAAGAGGCUGGAGAUGCAUCAAUUGAUCGGUAUAUGUCCGAAGACGUCACUGCCUGCUUUACCGUAUCGCCGUCUUGGCCGGAAUGGCAGGCAUUGUAUCCGUGUUCAUCGCCUUCUCGCUUCAAGGGCGCUGACGUAAUGGGCGACGUGUGCGAGAAAUACAAGACGUUGUCGAGCUCGAUUUCUGUUUUUAUGAAUUUCAAGAAGUCUCACAUGAACGAGUUUGUUCAAUUGGAGGUUGGUGAACGUCUGAAAGCCGUUUAUCGGUUAUACGCGAUGGCUGACGUUUUGACAUGGGAUUUCUUCGGGGAUUCCCGUAAUGCGGCAUUGGGGUUUGUCGGCAGUGAGUGGUUCGGUUGUGUUAAGAACUUCUGUCCGGAGCACCUGCCUCAAUUGGUGCUUGAGGUUGUGUACCCCGCCUGCCUGAAGGCCAUUGAAACGUGGGACAUCACUAAUGCAUUGCAGUCUCGUUCGCUUGCUCGACUUUUCAUCCAGACCAUCGAAAACCUGCCGCCGGAUGGUCGCGGCGCAAGCAUAGACAAGCUGGGUUCACAAUUCGUGAAGGUUCUUGAGUCGCGCGUUGGUGUCCUUUGUCCGAGAGUUUCUAGAACAACGUUCAAGGACGGUUACAUUGCUGGUUGUUGGAAGUUCCUCAUCGUCCAGAUUGCAAGAAAUGUGAUGCAUUUCAGCGAUGUUUUCACCGGGAACACCUUGUCAAAGGUUCUUUUUGACAUUUUGUUCUUGGAUCGCCUGCUCCCGACGCUCGACUUCCAGCUGGCGUGUGACGCUUUUGCGGUUGCGCAGUUUCUCCACGUUGUGAAAACGUUGUCACCGCAGCUGCGCUUGAAGAACAAGGUCAAUGCCGUCAUUAAAUCCUCAUCCUACGCCAUUGCUGAACGCAACUGGGACAACCGUGCGGGGUUUUCCGUCGUCUGGGAUCAGCUGAACGUGACUUUGCGCAACGAGGAUUACUUAGGCAUACUGAAUGGGAUUUUCGCGUAG